UCGUUGACUCUGAUCUCAAGCUUCCUGAACCUAUCCGCUCAGUUUCUCGUCAUUUUGAUCUGAUAAUCAUGCCUCUCUUCUACUUCUUUCGUAAUUCCGAUGGUCCUUUUCUUGGUGAGCGGCUUUAUGGGGAGAUGCCCAAAGGAGAAGCAUUAUCCGAUCCCCCUGUUGCAGCCAUAAUUCAACAUGACCAAGGUGAGACUUCUGCUUUCGCUGCUUACAAAACUAAAUAUGAAAACCUGCCUCAUCAUCUCAAAUCCUGCCUUGAUUAUAUCUUCCUUUGUUCUAUGUGUUGGCAUGACGAUAAGGACCACGUAGUUAGGUUAUUGUUAGCUCAAGGUCUAAUACCAGAAAAAUCAGGGGAGAUUAUGGAAGAUACAGCAGCAAGUAAUAUUAAGGAAUUAAUUGACCUUGGGAUGCUUCACGAAGAGUAUGAUUAUUAUACGACAAGAUUAUUAGUCUCUGAAUUCCAUAAGAAAUCAUGCAUUACUGAAGUCCAGGAGCACGAUUUUGUUUUUAAAGCUGCGAAUUUGCCUAUACAUGCAUCCAUUAGCAAUGGUGGAGAAGACCUUCCUCCUAACUUUAAAACCCUUCUAAUUCGAUCCUUGUUUGCGGAAUCUUGGGAAUCUAUAUCCUCCCAUGCAUACCACUCUGUGUACUUCUCUCAGGUGUAUUUGCAAACUGUUUGUGCAUUGCAAUUUAUUUUGGUGUUGGAAUUGCAUGGAGGAAUAGAGUACUUACCUGAUGAAGUGGGAGAAUUGGUUCACCUCAGGUAUUUAGGCUUGAAGGGUACGGGCAUAAAGAAGCUGCCGCAUACAAUUGGUAAUCUUCAGAAACUACAAACUUUGGAGGUAACAAGUUCAAUGCUGCAUCAACUACCAAUAGAAAUUCUGAAUAUUAAACAGCUGAGGCACCUUAUAUUCGACAAUCAUGUUCCAAGAGGGAUUGGAACGUUGGUAAAUCUAUAUUCACUUGUUGGUGUUUGUGCUGAUGCUGAUGCUGGCUUUGCCAUUGAAUUGAGUACCUUAACCCAUUUACGAAACCUUAAUAUUCGGAUGGUGUAUGAGGAUCAUGCCAAUGAGCUAUUUGCAGCCAUUUUUAAUCUUGAAAACCUCGUCUCCCUCUCACUAAAUGCAGAAGAUGCGUACCUUGGCACACCAUUGCCUGAUUUGGAGCCAUUUUCUCCUCCACCUCAUAUUCAAGAGCUUAGUUUAUAUGGUGGCUUAAUUGAAAUGCCUAAUUGGCUUGCCUCCAUGGAAAACCUUAUCCGUCUAGUAUUAAAACGUUCUACUCUCUUGGAGUUCCCGUCUUCUGUUCUUCAGUUUCUUCCUAAAUUAAAACAUCUCAUUUUAGAUGAUGCCUAUAAGACAAAGAUCAUUGGUAAAGAGUUUUGCAACGCAGGUGGAUAUCCGAAGCUGGAAACAUUGUUGAUAUCUUCGAUGGACCUGGUGGAGUGGACUGAGAUUGUAAAUGGGGCUUUUCCAAGUUUGAAGAAGCUUAAAUUUAAAGAUUGUCCGAAUUUGAGAUUUCUUCCGGAAGGUUUACAGCACAUCUCUACGAUUCAAGAGCUUGUUUUAUGGCCUUCGCAUGGGGACCUAGCAAGGAGAUUGAAAGGUGAAGAAAAUUACAAGAUCAAGAAUAUUUCAAAUUUGGAUAUCAGGGAAGAAAGGGAGCUGCUGUUUGAUCCCAAAUGCCCCCUCUGCUCACUACUACAUUCGAGGUAAUUCUUUAGAGAUUCGAGAUGAUAGAAAAUUCCAGCAUUUGAUCCAUGUUUGUAACUUUUGAAACAGGGGUGGCGGCUCUUAAUAAUUUGAUUGUUGCUAGCAUUUAUUCGGUAUUAUUUGGUGAAUUAUAAGGCCAUCCAAGUUUUUGCACGCGAUCAAUAUCUGACAUUUAAUCUGUAUUUUUCUUAAUUUUGUCAUGAGCCCCCGAUAUGAAGUUUGCAAUGAUAAAACAUGGGCUGCGCAAGGGAGUGACUGGUGAGUAUUGUCGCCACAUAAAUUGAGAUUAGCUUGAAAAAAAGGGUUGGGUUAGGGAAAGAAUGAGGAGGUGAAAGAAUGGGUCCUCAUAUUAAAUUUUACAAUUAUUUACUCUCUCCGCUUGGAAUAUGAAUGCAGCUACGGGUUAUGCUCCGCACUCCAAAAGGGGCACAAAGCAA